AUGUUGAGGGAAGACAUAUGGGAUGAUAUCGAGGGUAAAGUAGGAUUUCAACGAUCGGGCAUCCUCGAAGAUGAAGAGGACUCAGUCCUUGCAACGUUUCCAUGGCUCAGCACAGAAGCUCGAUACGAAACGAAUUAUGCGAGUGCUUACAGAUGGCAGCCCACGACCCAAACAAGCGACGGUCUCAAGAAGCUGUUGACAACCGUUAAGAGGACAGCCGAACAAGCACUUGAUCAAGCCGAUGCGGCUGGAGGAGCUGAAACCGACGACAUCCUUAUGCGAAAGAUGAAGCUACGCUUAUUGUUGAGUACAAAAGUGACUAGAUCUCUACCCUGCAUACAGUCCGAGAAGAAGGCCCAUCAGGAAAUCAGCGAAACAUGCAACCUGAUUGUGAAGAACUACAAGCUCAGGUUUGGCUGCUUUUUCAACGCCGCGUUGUGCGCUACCCGACCCAACAACAGUCGAGGGGCUAACGAGGAGGACUCGCAGGGAUUACCUUUAGGAUGCCAGAGCGAAGCAGUCUUUGCUGUAGACCCGCCAUAUUCGAACUUGCGCUUGACGAGCUUCGAAUGCAACUGCUUACCUCGACUGUUUGCUGAUGUGGAGUUGGUUGUACUGCCUCUAUGCGUCACUUGCGUCACUCGUUUUUCUGGCUGUUCUUCACCUUGUGUUGCUGCUGGACAUUGUACAUUUACACCAAGUUUAGCACCACAACAGGUUCCUCACGACUACUUCAAUGCUACCAUGACAUAUAGAAGAGAUUCACGGUAUCAUGUUCCGUACGGUCGGUUCGAGCCGCGAUCAGCAAGAGAUCCCACUGAUAGAUUUUACACCGAAAAACAGCUUCAUCAAGCAAUCAAAAGAAAAACCAAAGGAUCUCUGCUAUUCAUCUCAAGAUGUAAGACACCUUCAAAUCGUGAAAACAUAAUCAGGGAACUGGGGAAGUUCACAGACAUUACUGCUAGAGGCAAAUGCGAAAAACUUCUCACAACGAAUAACUACACAGGAAGUGCAUUUUGCAAGUCAGACUGCAGCGACGAUGCCUUGAUAGCUACGCAUCGCUUCUACAUUGCUUUCGAAAAUAGCGUUUGCAAAGAUUAUAUCACGGAAAAGUUUUUCGAUCGGAUUUCUCAUCUCCUUGUUCCUGUCGUACUGAAAAGACACAUUUAUGAAGGCGCGGAUAUCCCCAGCGACUCCUUCAUAGCCGCGGAUGACUUCGGAUCCCUUGAGGAUUUGGGAUUGUACUUAAAUUUCCUGCGUCAGAAUGAUACUGCUUACCUCAGGUACUUCGAGUGGACAAAACAUUUUCGAAAGCCGAACGUUUACCAAACCAAGGCAUUCUGCAAGCUUUGCGAGGACAUUCACAAGAGAACAAAAUUAUCUCUCAACGAUAUCGACAAGUACUUAGAUGCACAUGAGUGCGAGCAAAACGCGCAUUAUGCAAAAUUUUGGCAGAUGUAUACAAAACCCUUGCGUUGGAGAAAACCACAUCACGCGUAACUUCAAAACAUUUACUGUCACCUUUACUAUUACCUCUGCAGUUAUGAAGUGCUUUCUUUGAUGU